AACCGAGCUGACGGAACUGGAUGCUUACGAAAAGAUUUUAUUUGUUAUCAUUUAUCUUUUAUCCCACUUCGCUAGGAAUAAAAGAGACACAGAGUAGGCUAACAGUACUUUAUCUCCAGGGUCCUUUUUUAAGGAGCCAUGGAUUAUUUUCCUGGACAAACUUUUCUAAAACUCGCCUUUCUCAUCUUCACAGUGUUUAGGAGCAGCUGUUCUCCGGUGGAAAGGGCAGUCAAACAUCCUCCAGUGCAACCAUAUCCUCAUCAGUUCAGUCCAAAAGAAGACAGUGAACUUUCCUUUUGUGAUUUUGAAUCUCCAUGUUCUUGGACCUUAUCCAAUCACAGCACUGGAGGGGACUGGUAUGUCACAUCACCACAGCAACACAGAUCCAAUAGAUGGGGUGUCCAACCAAUCAAAGAUCAUUCCGCUGGAAAAUCUGAAGGUCAUUUUCUGAUAUUAAAGCCCAGCUCAGCUAAGGUGUCCUCUGGGAGAUGUAGUUUCCACAUGUCCAGUCCUGUUGAAAUUCACAGUGGGCCACUCUGUCAUCUGCGCCUCGCUCGCUUCCAGCCAGAGCCACAUACAGGAAACGUAUCUGCCUUUGUGAAAACCACUGACUCCUCAGUCAUCAAGCCGUUAGCUCUUACAAUCAAGGAACAUGGGAUUGGCAGGUCCCAAUGGGAGGUGCUGGAGGCUCUAAUUGGUCAGUUAGACGAGCCCUUCCAGGUGACAGUGCAGUACUCUUCCUGUAGCAGCCAUGAAGUCGGAGUUCUGGCAUUAGACUCACUGGAGCUGAAGGACUGUGUCAUGGGUGAUGAUGAUUUAGAUUUGGAUUUGGGUCCAGAAUGUGAAACAUUCUCAUCAUUUCACUGUAAUUUUGGAGGCUGUAUAGAGAAAAGACGAGUGUGUGAUUUUCAUACUGACUGCCCACUAGGGGAGGAUGAGGGAUUAAUAUGCGAUGCUUUACCCUUGGGUUCACAGUGUUCAUUUGAGUCGGGCUCCUGUGGAUGGUUGGUGUCUAAUACACACUCCUCUUGGAGGCUAGUUAGUGGAGAACAGCUAAGUGAAAGCACUGAUCUACAGGGCACAGCUUUGCAAAACACUCAAGGGCACUUCCUUUUCUUAAAGGUCAGAGUUCACGGUGAUGAAAGUGAGGCAUUGGUUCAAAGCCCAGCUCUCCCUUCAACUAUAUCCAAUCAAGAAUGUCAGAUGCAAUUUUCCCUGUACCUGUAUGGAGAUUUCAACGGUACAGUUCUACUGUCAGUGGUAGAGAAUGGAUCUGCAGCACCUCAGCUUGUGUGGGAGAGAUCUGGACACUGGAAAGAUAACUGGCAAGAUGUCACCCUGCAGAUUACAGAGACCUUAAAUGGGUUCCAUGUUAAAGUGCAGGCUUUCUGGAGUUCUGGUUCUAUGGCUGACAUUGCUCUGGAUGACAUUUCAUUAAGUGCAUCAUGUUUUCACGCAGAUCUAAAUGAACUGCUUCAUGAACAAAGACCUCAUGAUUUGGACUUUAUCAGUGAUUUGGAUUUCUUCAGCCCUCUACCAGAACCCUCACCAUCAGAGGUGUCAAUAAUGACAUGGUGGUUUACUUCCUGUGGAGCCAGUGGACCUCAAGGCCCUACUCAAGCCCAGUGUGACAGUGCUUACCGCAACACCAACGUCAGCGUGGUGAUUGAGAAGGAGGGCCCUCUCAAGGGGGUUCAGAUGUGGAGGGUCCCAGCUACCAACAUGUACAAGAUUUCUGCCUACGGAGCCGCAGGAGGCAAAGGAGCAAAGAACCAUAACAGGCGUUCGCAUGGUGUCAUAAUCACAGCUAUCUUCCCACUGGAGAAAGGGGAUAUAAUCUACAUCCUAAUUGGUCACCAAGGAGAAGACGCCUGUCCAGGGAGGAACCCCCUGACCCAUAACAUCUGUCUGGGCGAGUCUUCUGUGAUUGAAGAUGGUUUUGACAUUGAUGGUUCAGCUUUGGAGUGGGCAGGGGGUGGAGGUGGUGGUGGGGGAGCCACAUACAUCUAUCGGAUGGAGAAUGGAGAACCAGUUCCUUUACUGAUUGCAGCUGGUGGUGGAGGGAAGGCCUAUCUGGAGGACCCUGAAAUCAGCCUGGACCAGAUUUUCCUAGAACAGUAUGAGAAUGACACUGCAGCCUCUGGUGUCAAUGGCAAAUCAGGAGCAGCAGGUGGAGGAGGUGGAUGGAGCGACUCAUCCUCUCUCCCCCAAGCAGGGAAAUCUCUGGUUGAAGGAGGGCAGGGAGGCUCAUCCUGUCCUCUGGCUCUGUCUAAGCUUGGAUGGGCUACAUUUGGGGGUUUUGGAGGAGGAGGGGGUGCUUGCACUGCUGGAGGGGGUGGAGGAGGAUACAGAGGUGGUGAUGUGCCCCUUUUUGAUAGCAUCACAGCAGAUGGACAAGAUGGAAUCUCUUUUGUCCACCCAAUGGGAAAGAUAUUUCUGCAACCACUGGCAGCCAUGGAGAGUCACGGGGAAGCUGUCAUCCAGGUGUUUCUGAACUGCAGCCACUGUCAGACCCAGAGCUGUAAUCGAGAUAAAAAUACCAGACUCAUCUUCUGUUUGUGUGACAAUGAUGAGGUGCUUGCACCAGACAAUGUCACCUGCACAGCAGUCGUUCGUCCAGGCUCCCUGGAAGACGGGCCACCAUCCCUAAUUUUUAUCCUGGCAGUGAUCGCAUCCACAAUAGUUACAGGUGUCGUUCUGACCUGCGCCAGCCUCACUCUCAUUUAUUAUCGUAAGAAGAACCACUUACAUGCGGUCAGGAUUUGUCUGCAGAGCCCAGAGUACAAGCUUAGCAAAAUCCGGUCCUCCACAAUAAUGACUGACUACAACCCCAACUACUGCUUUGCCGGCAAGGCGGCCUCGCUGAGUGAGCUUAAGGAGGUGCCACGUAAGAACAUCACACUUCUCAGGGCUUUGGGGCACGGUGCCUUUGGGGAAGUGUAUGAAGGACAGGUUUUAGGUAUGAAUGGAGACAACACAGCCAUGCAGGUCGCUAUAAAGACUCUUCCAGAAAUCUGUUCAGAGCAGGAUGAGAUGGAUUUCCUUAUGGAGGCCUUGAUAAUGAGUAAGUUCAGCCAUCAGAACAUUGUGCGCUGUAUUGGAGUCAGUCUGCAGAUCCUGCCUCGCUUCAUCUUGCUGGAGCUCAUGACGGGAGGAGACAUGAAGAGCUUCCUGAGACUAAACCGGCCUAGAACUAACCAGUCCUCUUUUCUGACUAUGCUGGAGCUGCUGCAGAUGGCCAGAGACAUUGCACUUGGUUGUCGCUACCUAGAAGAGAACCACUUCAUUCAUAGGGACAUUGCAGCACGCAACUGCCUUUUGACCUGUCCUGGUCCAGAUAGAGUGGCUAAAAUUGGAGAUUUUGGGAUGGCUCGUGACAUUUAUAGGGCAAGUUACUAUAGGAAGGGAGGUUGUGCCAUGUUGCCAGUGAAGUGGAUGCCACCUGAAGCCUUCUUGGAAGGCAUUUUUACCUGCAAGACUGACACCUGGUCUUUUGGGGUACUGCUGUGGGAGAUUUUCUCUCUUGGAUACAUGCCUUACCCCUGCAAGACCAAUCAGGAAGUAUUGGAAUUUGUAACAGGCGGAGGUCGCAUGGACCCUCCUAAAAGCUGCCCUGGGCCUGUUUAUCGGAUCAUGACACAGUGUUGGCAACACUGUCCAGAACACCGACCAAACUUCACCACUAUUUUAGAGCGGAUCAACUACUGUACACAGGACCCUGAUGUCAUAAACACCCCUCUUCCAGUGGAGUAUGGUCCUUCAGUGGAGGAAGAAGUUGGGAUUGUCAUCCGUCCAGAAGGAUCUGGCAGCAUGACACCUCUUCUAGUGUCCCAUUCUAUGUCACAGGAAGCCUCCCUUCGACCCGGGAUCUCGGGCUUGACACCACAGGCCCACAAACCACAUUUGCAGCUACAAAGACCAAUCCAGCUUGCACAGGAGGUGGGCACAUACCGUGAAACAUUGGAACAAUGUUGGGCUGAGCCCGUUCCAGCUCCGGGGGUUUGUCCUGGGCAAUGGCUUCAAGUCCCUGACCACCGACCAUGCUCCAGAACCAGCUCGUCAUCAGGCAGCCAGAAGCUCAAGAACAAGACGAAAAACCUUUGGAACCCCACCUAUGGUUCCUGGGUUCUAGAGAGCUUUGGGCGGGGAAAAUCAGCCCUGUGCCACACCCAAUCCAUGCCGCUGUCAUGUAACUCCACUUCCCUGUCUUCAUCGGCUUCUACCUCAGAGCCCAUUGACCCUGGAGUAGAAGUUGCAUAUACAACUGUUUCUACAUCCACAUCCCCACCUCCAUCUACAACAUCCUCUCAGACCACUGGCGGUCCCACAGGGCCUCUAAGUCUUGCUCGGAAGGGUCCAACAACAGGGGCUUCAGGGGGCACGCAGGAUGCGGUUAUGGACUUGGCGAAACUUCAGAGCUUCCCAUGUGGUAAAGUAAACUAUGCUUAUGAUGAGCAGAGCUAUGAGACCGAAAGCUUGCCUGUAUUUAUGGCCAAGUCUAUGGAGCCCUGCACCAGCACUGCAGCAACUUCUUCACUAGCUGCUCUUGGUCUGGCCACAACCAUUACUCAAAAACCUCUGGUCAAGUGCCAUGCUAGCUAUGGACAUGAGGAUGUUAGGAGGUAUACGCAGCCUGAGAAACCCUCAAGGGACAGGGAUUCUGGAUUUUCACUGUCUGAAGACCUUAGUGUCACCCCUGUGUAGUAUUACAGAAGGAUCUAAGAGGCACUAAGAUGGUAGUAUAUAGGAAAAUAUCCAACAUUUCCUUUUGUUUGGCUUCAAACAUUGAUUUUGGUGUUAAUUCAUUUUUAGAACUAAGGUAUUUUAUUAUGCUUUGACACUAGUUGCAGUAUAUUAGCAAGAGGCAGAAUGUCAGGUUAGUUACUGCCAGUAGACUACUUCAGUAUAAGACUCUAACUAUAAGAGAGAGAAUACAUGAUUAUUGUGUGGUACCAAAAAACGCCAAAGACAUGGAGAUUUGGAGUUGUAACUGAUUUUCCAUUAACUGGAAGCUCUCUUCUAAAUGGCUGAUGGUUUCUAUUACUAAUCGCAGCCCAUGUACACUGAAUUCACUGGAUUCUUAUCUGCUGUCAACACUGUGAAAAUACAUUUCGCUAACUUUAAGGACUACAUGAAAGGAGAAGUCCUAUGUGUUUCUGUUUUCUAUUGAUUAAUCAUAAUUAGCUAUUAUUAUAUAUGUAGGUUUAGGUCACCUUUUCCAUUUCAGGCUGGUAUUAGGAGAAAAAUACAGUAGGAUCUAAAGCAUGUUCAGACCUCACACAAUGGACAGUUGUACACUAAUUUGUACAAUUGAACUGAAUUGAAAUACUUUGGAGAAAACAAUUAAAGGAAUAUUCUGGGUUCAAUACAAGUUAAGCUCAGUCGACAGCAUUUGUGGCAUAAUGUUGCUUUCCACAGAUAAUUUAGACUCAUACGUCGUUUACAUAAACGCAAAAAACGCUGUUACAGUAAGACACUUAAAAUGGAAGUGAAUGGGGCCAACAAAUAUAUGCUAAUAUACACACUGUUUAAAAAAAAUAGCGACAAGACUAUAAAUCUCCACUUUCAAACAGCUCUCCUAAGCGCUCUUCUCUCAUAAGAGAUCUUCUUUUGUUUUUUUUUUUCUAUCACCACCUACAGGGCAGGGAGGAGAAUUUAUAGUAAAAAAGGAAUUUAAUAUUGAUCUGUUUCUCACCCACACCUUUGAAGACAUGAAUUUAACCACUGGAGUCAUAUGGAUUACUUUUAUGCUGCCUUUAUUUGCUUUUUCGAGCUUCAGAAUUUUGGAGUAGAGAUAUUCUUUAAAAAUCUUAGUUUAUGAUCAGUAGAAGAAAGUUAUACACAUCUGGGAUGGCAUGAGGAAAAGUAAAUUAUGAGAGAAUUUUCAUUUUUGGGUGAACUAUCCCUUUAAACUGAAUCCGGAACAUUCCUUUAACUCUUUUUUUUAGGUCCACUCAGUGGACAUUUCACCUCGGAACUGCCGCCAUAUUUGUAAUGAACCACGUAAUAUGAUUUUUAAAAACAAUGCCUCCAUAAUCAUGGAAUUUCUUUUUUGUUUAUGUUGCACAGGCCAAUAUGAAAGUUAUCUAACUGCUGAGACUAAGCAAAGGCAACAGUGUUUAGUUACCACAGUCAUUGUAGAAAUGUGCUAUUUGCAGUCAGCCAUGAUCAUUCUGUGUUAAUAAUUUCAUUAAUAAGGGAAUUAUGAGUUAAAAUAAGUAUUUGGCUGGUCACGUAACCAUUUAAAAUAAAACAGCUUAUAUUAGGCCCCUGAUAUGAUUGAAAUCUUCAGUCUUGCUGUAGAGAAGAACAAAUUACUGAGUACAACUUUAAAAGAGGAAAUACUCAGUAUUUUUUUUUCCCCAUUAAAAAAGUUUGACUCCUAAAGAAAUGAAUUGUAAUUUUGAAACACAUGUAUAAAAUAAUGACCACUCACAUGAGAUGAGGACUCUGGUCAUAUCAGUAACCUUAUAAAAGCUAUUUUAGUCUACAUGGGGCAGGGGCGCCCUCAUGGGUGCUGCCAUUUUAGAAUUACAUGACCAGCUGAAUACUACUCAAUCUCUGUAACUGUCUUGUUAUUGGACACUUUCACUCUUGGAUUAAAUUAAUCAUGGCUGAUUGUGAAUAGUGAAUUUGUUGCUACAAUGGCAACUGUGACUGAAAACUAUUGAUUUUGAAUGAUGCUGCAUCCACACCACUAGGUGUCACUGUAAGUCCAAGAUGACAUGUGCUAAAACUUACUGAGUGCACCUUUAAACCUUACCUUAUGUAAAUUAAAAUGGUGACAUGCAUUAAAAUUAAGAAAUGUUGAAAAACACUGCUAAACAAAGAUUUAAACUCAGAUUAAAACAUCAGGUUGACUUUACAGGGUGUUUUGACUGGAAAAAAUGCAUCAAAGAUCAGUAGAUUUUAGACUAGGCUUGAUGUUUUGUCCUGUAUUUAGUCUGGUGUUAGUUUUGAAAAACAGAACAUUUAUAAACAGUGUGUUGUCUUUUCAAAGAGGGCAUGUUUUGUGUGUAAAAUGCUGAGAUAAUUGUGAAGGCUUGACAAAAAGUGUUGCGACAGAAUGUGUUGGAAGUCAAUGAGCCAUGUGACACUGGGUGAAAUUGUUGUGGCUGCUGCGGAGAAUGUACUGAUUUCCACUUCAAUGCACUCUUCUAGAGAGCUGCUAAAAGACACCCAUCUCUCUUGUGAUAUUUUUGCAAUCUCUUUUUUACAUUCAAAAUGUUUACUUUAGCUAGCACACAGCUAAAGUGUUCUUACUGUGAUUUAAUGUUUCUGCAGAUGUACAUUAGAUUUAUUACAGCAUACACACAAACCACACAACACCUCAGUGUAUGUAAUAUGAUGCAUGAGAAGUUAAAUGUUUUUCUUAUUGUUUGAGGUCAUUUUUUUUGUGCUAUUCUAUUAGCUAAUUGUACUUAUUAGUUAACAAUAAUGAAUAAUGUUUUUUUAAUAAGCAAAGAACGAAUUUGUGUCACACAUUUUAGUCAGGGACUGCUGAUAAUCUAUCUUUAUGCAAAUAUACAGACAGAUGAGAGUAAACUGUUUAAGCACAAUAUGUUGGUGUUUUGCAAAGUUCAUUUUACCUUGUCUUAAGUUUUAAUUAAAAAAUGUAAUAACUGCCAUUUUAAAGAGCUUAAAGUUCAUCAUGUUUUUUGUUUUGUUUUGUUUUUUUGUAGCCUUAUAAAUGUGGAUUAUAACUUGACAGAAGUGUAGAAAUAGUCCUACUUUAGUCAGGAAAAUGAGUGCUGUUUUCUUAAAUUACAUUUUAUUUCACUUUAAACUAACCCCUUUAAUAUGUAGCUAUAAUAUUUUUUAAUCUCAUGUUUUUUUUUUUUUUUUUUUUUUUUUUUAUUAUUAUUUGUUGGAUUCUGUUGAGGUUAUCACUGCCAGUGUUCUGCAUACGUCUUGCUGUUUAUGGAAGGCUUUGCAGUAUCACACAGCGGCUCAUUUAGAAAGCCAAAUUAGAAAUGUACCAUCACAUAAAGUGAAUUUUAAUGUAAAGCUUCUUCAUGUAUUUUUAUGUUAAAAGGAUGUUGCUGUGUAAUAGCAAACCUUAAAUAAAUUGUUUUUGGACUAUAAUCCUGGUAUGAAUGACCUUACUUUAAUUACUUUGGAAUUGCAGAAAUAUAUUAUGUUGUAUGUGUACCUAAAGUUUCUUCAUUUACUUCUGAUUUCCCUGGGGAAAAGAGAGUACAGAAUGAUUUGAGCAGAUGUUUUAUUUGUCAUAAAAAUACUGCACAGGGAACACUGUAACAAAACUCACCUGCCCCAAAAAACAAAAUAGUGUCACAAGGUUAAGUUGGUCUGAUCCAUAAUGAAAACUCUUGAAGUGAUGUGCAGGUAUGGAAAAUUGCAAUGCAGAUCCUUCAACCUAACACCAAUAAAAUAUGUCCAUGCAAUCAUCAAAAGAAUAAUCUAUAACACCACCCUUGAUUGAUCACUGCGGUCAAAAAUAUAAAAAAUAUAAAAAAUAUUACCAAACAUUACUAGAAAUACACUGUAUCUUUGCAUACUUGUUCCGCGUAGCACACAAGAGGGAUAGUUUGCCCAAAUAAUGUAUCCUAUAUACAAUUCUACCAUCAUUUACACACCCGCAUCUUGCCCAAACUCGUAUUAGUUUCUUCCGUGUUAGGCAGAAUGUUAGAGAUGGACAGCCUCAGUCACAAUUAACUUUCAUUGUACAGAAAAAGAUGCAACAAAAGAAAAUGGUGACUUUGUCUAUGAGUCCCUAACAUACUGCCUAACACCUCCUUUUGUGUUCCAUGAAAGAAAAAAAGUCAUACAGGUUUGGAACAAUGUUAGUAAAUGAUGACAGGAUUUAAAGGGAUAGUUCACCAAAAAAUGAAAAUUCUCUCAUAAUUUACUCACUCUCAUGUCAUCCCAGAUGUGUAUGACUUUCUUUCUUCUGCUGAAUACAAAGAUUUUUUGAAGAAUAUUUCAGCUCUGUAGGUCCUCACAAUGCAAGUGAAUGGGUGCCAAAAUUCUGAAGCUCUAAAAUGCACAUAAACUCAGUAUAACUAUCUAUAAGAUUCCAUUGGUUAAAUCCAUAUUCUCUGAAGUGAUAUGACAGGUGUGGGUGAUAAAAAGUUCAAUAUUUAAUUCCUUCUUCUGUUUUUGGUGAUUUGCAUUCUUCUUGCAUAUCACCCCCUACUGGGCAGAGAGGAGAAUUUAUGGUAAAAAACGUACUUAAAUAUUGAACUGUGUUUCUCACCCACACCUAUCAUCGCUUCAGCAGUUAUGGAUUUAACCACUGGAAUCUUAUGGAUUACUUCUAUGCUGACUUUAUGUGCAUUUUGGAGCUUCAUAAUUUUGGCACCCAUUCACUUGAAUUGUAUGGACCUACAGAGCUUUGUUUGUGUUCUACAGAAGAAAGAAAGUCAUACACAUCUGGGAUGGCAUGAGGGUGAGUUAAAGAUGAGAGAAUUUUCAUUUUUGGGUGAACUAUUUAUUUAAUGGUAUAGACUUUAGAAGGUAACCCUAUAAUUGUUGCAUUUUGGUUCUACACAUUAGUUUGAUGGCACAAGUUUACAAAACAGUCAGUUGUGCAACAUCAACAGACCUUAUUCAUGCUACCGCCAUCUUUGUUUUUUAAUGGGAAUGACAACGAGGCUGUGACGGAUAGACUUAACAUCUCUUCAAUGGCACAAAUGGUAUAAAGUUGUAUAAAGCUCCUAGAUCACAUCUGAUUUUCAACAAUUCAUGUUGUCUGGAGUUCUUUGUAUACUGAAUGUUCUUAGACAGAUAUUCUAUCAAUGUUUUGUCUGCGGAACAAUCCAAAAACCUUUUAAACUGCAGUGCAGCCCAUUGAAGAGACUGUAAGUCUUUCCCUCACAGCCUCAUAGUCAUUCCUAUUAAAAAUUACAGAUGGCGCUAGCGUGAAUAAGGUCCAUUGUUUGACUAGUGUUUGUUGGGCCUAGACAUAGCAAUGUUGCUUACAACCAACUAUUCAUGCGAGUUUAUCCUUUAUGAAGUGUGCAGAAAUAAUAUUGUAACAGGUAAAGGUGGGCAAGGAGGAGGCGGGAUCCGGCUGAACUGUCAACGUAGUUUAAUCAGAAACUUAACAUAAAACAAACAUAAACACAGACACACAUGCAACGCGGCAGCGUGCGUCUCUCUCUCGAACUGGUGCCUCUGGCUCUUCCGCUGAUCAGCUGAUUCAGCGCCAGCCGUGCACCAUCAAGGCCCGGCCACGCCCUCCUCCUCAUCACAAAUAUAUAUACAGUUGAAGUCAGAAGUUUACAUACACCUUAGCCAAGUACAUUUAAACUCAGUUUUUCACAAUUCCUGACAUUUAAUCGUAGAAAACGUUCCCUGUCUUAGGUCAGUCAGGAUCACUACUUUAUUUUAAGAAUGUGAAAUGUCAGAAUAAUAGUAGAGAGAAUGAUUUAUUUCAACUUUUAUUUCUUUCAUCACAUUUCCAGUGGGUCUGAUGUUUACAUACACUUUGUUAGUAUUUGGUAGCAUUGUCUUUAAAUUAUUUAACUUGGGUCAAACGUUUUGGGUAGCCUUCUACAAGCUUCUCACAAUAAGUUGCUGGAAUUUUGGCCCAUUCCUCCAGACAGAACUGGUGUAACUGAGUCAGGUUUGUAGGCCUCCUUGCUCUUUUUCGCUUUUUCAGUUCUGACCACAAAUUUUCUAUCGGAUUGAGGUCAGGGCUUUGUGAUGGCCACUCCAAUACCUAAACUUUGUUGUCCUUAAGCCAUUUUGCCACAACUUUGGGGGUAUGCUUGGGGUCAUUGUCACACUGGAAGACCCAUGUGUGACCAAGCUUUAACUUCCUGGCUGAUGUCUUGAGAUGUUGCUUUAAUAUAUCCACAUAAUUUUCCUUCCUCAUGAUGCCAUUUAUUUUGUGAAGUGCACCAGUCCCUCCAGCAGCAAAGCACCCCCACAACAUGAUGCUUCCACCCCCAUGCUUCAUGGUUGGGAUGGUGUUCUUCGGCUUGAAAGCCUCACCCUUUUUCCUCCAAAUAUAACAAUGAUCAUUAUGGCCAAACAGUUCAGUGUUUGUUUCAUUAGACCAGAGGACAUUUCUCCAAAAAGUAAGAUAUUUGUCCCCAUGUGCACUUGCAACACAUGUGUGGUCCCAUGGUGUUUACACUUGCAUACUAUUGUUUGUACAGAUGAGCGUGGUACCUUCAGGCAUUUGGAAAUUGCUCCCAAGGAUGAACCAGACUUGUGGAGGUCCACAAUUUUUUUUCUGAGGUCUUCUAUUGAUUUUCUCAUGAUGUCAAGCAAAGAGGCACUGAGUUUGAAGGUAGGCCUUAAAAUACCUUAAGCCAUUUUGCCACAACUUUGGAGGUUGUGGCAAAAUUUUGACCCCAAGGUUGCUUGGGGUCAUUGUCCAUUUGGAAGACCCCUUUGUGACCGAGCUUUAACUUCCUGGCUGAUGUCUUGAUGUUGUUUCAAUAUAUCCACAUAAUUGUCCUUCCUCAUGAUGCCAUCUAUUUUGUGAAGUGCACCAGUCCCUCCUGCAGCAUUGGCCAAACAGCUCAAUUUUUGUUUCAACAAACCAGAGGACAUUUCUCCAGAAAGUAAGAUCUUUGUCCCCAUGUGCACUUGCAAACUGUAGUCUGGCUUUUUUAUGGUGGUUUUGGAGCAGUGGUUUCUUCCUUGCUGAGCAGCCUUUCAGGUUUUGUCGAAAUAGGACUCGUUAUACUGUGGAUAUAGAUACUUGUCUACCUGUUUCCUCCAGCA